UGGUCUUUGUGGUCUUCUUCUGUGUGUCUGCGUUGUCUCCGUGUUUGUCUUUGCUUGGGUGCUGAGCUCUCACUUAAAAUCCGCUGAACCAACACCGACCGGGCUCUGUCCCCGUGAAACCGCGAGCUAAGCGAGCUUUGUCCGCACUUCGCGCGCACCUCGUCAAGUGUGAACCUAGCCUGGCACGACGGCAGCCGCCGUGACGCCACGGCCAAUUAGUCCCGGCACGACGGCCGCCCGCUUGUCUUUGCGUGUCCGUGUGUCGGCCACCGUGUCCCUGAGGAUGGGAAGAAGAGGAGGAGUUGGAGGAGGGAGCUGUGUAGUGAUGGAUGGGGCUGUCACGCUGCGACAGUGCAGUGCGCGCUGCGUUGCUGCUGCUGCUGCUUGUGAUCGCGUCCCCACAAUGCAGCGAGGAGUCGGUGCUUCCCUCUCCUCCUUCUGCUCCUUGUAUUGCCUUUCCGCGUUCGCUCUUUCACCACCACCACCGCCGCUCUCCUCUUUCACCAAAUCCAAAAGAGCAGCAGCAGCAACAUUUCCCCGUGGUCUAACGAUGGUGGGAGGAGGCGUAAGAAGAGUAGCGGGACUGUGGGACUUAGCCCGCACCUACCCAUGCCUUUGAGCGGCGGUGCGGCCAGCGAGGCUCGCCUCGCCCGACCUCCUGGCGGGGCGCGUCUCCACUUGCUGCUGGGCGCCGCGCAGAUCGGGCUGGGCGCUCUGAACGUCGUCACCAGCCUCGCCGCGCUCACCCUCGCCGCGUCCGCCGGGGUCCGCCACUCGUGCCCCUUCUGGGCUGGACUCUGCGCUUUGCUGUGUGGGCUGAUUGGAGUGGUGUCAUGGAAGCGGCCAAUAGCGAUCGUGAUAAAGUUCUUCAUGGUGCUGUCGGCGGUGUGUGUGAUGCUGAACCUCGCCGGCUCCAUCCUGUCCUGUCAGAAGGCUCAGCUCGUCUCCUCCUUGCACCACUGCCACACGGCCGGCUCGGAGCCGACCCUCGUGUGCGUGUGCUGCGAGAACCCGAAGCUCAACGGCUGCAGCAACGCCGCCGGCGACUCCAUCCGCCUCUACCCGGCGCUGCAGGGCUGCCAAUUCGUGCGCCACUCCCUCAAGGACCUGCUGUUCGCCGUGUGUGCGCUGAGCGUGGUCUCCGUGGCUGUGUGCGUUCUCGCCACGUCCACUCGCUGCAUGCAGAUCGUCUCCUCCGACGCCCUUCACACGUUCAUCACUCAUCGGCUGGAGCACGGCAUCGAUGACUGCCCCAACCCGCGCGACUCGUACUUCACGGGCGAGGACUACGAUGACUUUGUCGCGCCGGCGCCUCCGCCACCAUACGACCCUCCCGCCUACGCACAGCACGCUCCGCCCGAGCCGCUCAGGCCGGGCAGCCUGGGGCUGGUGUCGUACCCCCUGGGGCUCUCGACGGGGCCGUCGGGGGAGAGCCCGGACGGCUGGUGCCCCACGGAGCUGCCGCCGCCGUACGAGGCCGCGGUGCUCGGCAACGCCUUUCUGCAGACAUCCAGCCUUGAAGAGCAGAUCACAGACACCUCUUCGUACACGACGAGCAACUACCAUCACAUGGCGUGCCACGACGGAGGCCAAAGCCCCGGAGCGACGUCGGCGGAGGGGACGGCGAGCGACAGCGAGGACGCGACGUCGGCGGGCUCCUACUCGGUGCGCGCCCAGGGCUCCACGCGCUCGCUGGAGCCGUCGCCCAGCACCACCGACGCGACGACGCCCACCCUCGCCAGCUGCUGCAGCAGCCUGGGCGCCAGCGACUCCCCCGCGGAGGACGGCGACCGCGUGCCCGGCUACUGCGAGCGGUGCGGCACGUGCGCCGCCGAGGUUUUCCUCGGGGAGGAUGAGGGAGGGCCGGACGGCGUGCCCAGGAGGAGGAGGAGGAGCGACGGCAGCGGCCCGAGGUGGACGGGCACGGUGCCGAGCGACGGCGCCGACGCGGCGAGCGAGCCCUCCGUGGCGGCGGCCUGCUCGUGCUUUGGCGAGUCGGGCACGGAGACCGACCUGACGGCCAGCGACGAGAUUUCCGUCGAGAAUUUCCAGAGGCGGUGCGGCUCGCUCGAGACCGUCGCCGAGGAAGCGGCGAGGAGCGCGGAGGAGCGCGGCGAGGACGCGCCGGGCAGCCCGGGGGAGCAGGACGACGGGUGGAGAAGCGGGGACGAUCACGUGGAGAGAGAGGAGGAGGAGGAGGAGGACGAGCGGGGCCACGGAGGGAGGAACGGGGAGGAGCAGGGUGAGUAUAGGACAAGGGAGGUUGGGCAGCACGAGUGCAGCUGUGCGGAGUGUCGAUGCGGGGAGGUUUGGGGCAUGAGCACUCUUGCCGCAGGCGUAUUGAUUGUACGGCAGGCGGAGGUUCAUUUAAUUUCUCCUGGCAAAAGUUCAAAGCCUACCACCUCUCGCACUGCGCGCCAGCGAAAUGCAAUGGGGCCCGAGCAGCAGCUUCAAGCCAACGGGUCCGCGGCUCUGCGCGACUCCGCGAGCAGAACGCGACCGGACGAUUGGGUCUCGGACGAUGAAUUGACGGAAAACGUAAGCGUCGCAAACGCCGCGGCAACGGCGUGGGCCGGCGAGGCGGGAUGCCGCGGAACGGACGGGGAAGUGCAAAUUAGCCACGCCGCGGAGGAGGAGGAGGCCACCGCGCAGAGUACACCGGUCGAGGAGGAUGCGGCAUUUCCUCCUUUGAUGACCGAGCCGGCAGGCCUUGGCAGCCCGUCGGUGAGCCACGUGCCGCAGCCCCAGCGGAGUGCCAAAACCCCGGCCACGGGAACGCCGUGAAAGGGGCUCGCACGGAGACGGGAGGGAACCAUUUUCAACGUCUCGAGAGCCGAAUCGACGCUGUGAAAAAUCCCUUGGGGAUGACGCGAAAGAAAGCCGUCUCCCCGGUGAAUUAUACUUCCCACACGCGUUGUUGCCAGAGGAUCGUAGGGUGCUGGCGUUUAAGGUCCCGCCAACAAUACGAAGGCAAGUAUUAUUGGUCACGUUUGAUUGUUGAUAAUUCAAUCUAUGCAGUUCAGGAUUCCAUACCAACAUUCGAUUACGCCACUGGUUUUUUUUCUUCCCAUCAUAUCUCCUUUGUUCUUUUUUUUAAUCUGUUUCCCGUCCGAUUCCAUUCCAUACUCAAUCGAAAGCUGCCGUCGGGAGGAGGAGUUGGUUUCUCGCUGGGGCUCGUUGAAGCCAAAUGUCGUUCUUAUUCGAGCAGGGAGGGAGAGACCCCCAAAGAGCGAUCAUCUAACCCGCUGUCAACUCGGUGCAUCCAUUUAAUCAGUUUCGUCCUUUUUCCGUACUCUGUGUGGAAUCAUGAAAUAGUAUCUUGCCCGCGCGCGCACGCAACCCGUUUUGAACGCCCGUGGUUAUGACCUCUUGAACACGUUGCGGUGCAUUAUAUAUUGUGCCAGAAGUAGGGCUCUCUCGAGACUGUUUUUAAAUUAAAUUCAGCAAAAGAUUCUAUUGAAAACACCCAACCGGUGGUGCUACUUGGAAACGGACUGGAUUAUUUUUUAGGAGUACAUGGAUUGGCCAUAGGAUAUCCACGGUGUGAUUUUCUAAUUGAUAAGCAGAUUCUUUUUUUAACUACUGUCGAAGAACGAUUGUGAUAAAUUAUUGGUAAUUCAAUACUUUUCUUGAAACAUUUUACAAAGGGUUGUCACGUCGAAACCAGUGGGUAUUUGUUCGCCGUUAUUUUUUUUUCACAGACAGUAAGAUUAAACCUUGGCUGCUAAUUGAUGCAAAAGCGCGGGUUCCGGAUAUAAAAUAAAAUAUAAACAUGAAACAUUCAACGAGCAAUAAUGAUCUGUUGAGGAGAUUUAAUAAUCCAAAUAAGUUAACCAUGUGGCUACAUCAGGCAUCACAAAAUUCAAGAAAUUAAUCUUUUGCAAACGUUAAAAUUUCUGUGUAUGUUUUUUUUCGCGGUUGUGCAUGGCACCCCCCUACACGAUUUCGGGCCGUGACGCGAUGUCCGACGUUACCGCUCCACGCGCUGGGAGCUUCUUCAGGAACUGAAUUGCCCAUUCCUAUUCAGUAAAUAUCUGGAUACCCGUCUAAAAACAUUUCCCGAAUUCAAAUCAGGAAUCAAGUUCCUGGAGAAGCUCCCGGCCACGCAGAGGGAAACGUCGGACAUCACGGCAAACAACAGACCUGCCCGAGCCACACAUACGUUAUCAGAGAUCAUGUAAAAAAUUCCCCCAAGAUGUGACUAGUCCGAUUCGCUUGCACUUUACUCCCUCGAUGUGAUUUUAAAUAUGCUCAUUAGCUUUGUGUUAUUUAGUCAAGGGUUGAUGGAUAAUUCGAGUGUUAACAGAUUUGUCCUCUCAUAUGCGCUAUAGCUCUCGAUUCUCGUGAUUUGAUGACUUGUACGAAAAUAUCCAGGUGCUUUGUGCAAAUCGUGCGGUCGUGAGAACCAAACUGUACGCACGUCGUGAAUGUUUUACCGUCAAUUCAUAUUUGCACUUUCAUAUUUUCACGCGAUUUCAUUAAGUAACCAUGCAAUAAGUCACGGAGAGUGUACGUUUGUGAUGAAGGCCUGCGUUUUCGAAUGAGGCGGUUCAACGCACUUUAUUUUUGUAUGUUGCUGGUAUAUUUUUUCUUUUUCUUUAAUUCUCAGGAACACUUGAAAAUGGGUCAGAAAUUUUCGUCAUUCCCGUGUUUUUUUUUCCUUUAUACUUUUCUAUCGGCUCUUACGAUUUCGACCGCCGCAAUAAGACGAUUUGUAAAAAAAAAACACAGUCCUGCGGUAAGUCGAGAGGGUGGUGGUGGGGGGGGUCGACGGGAGACCCCCCCCCCCACCGCCCGCGGUGCGCAGAACACGCGCGGGUUAACGAAGCGACUCCCAAGGUCAACAGGGCGCGCGGCGGGAGAAGCGAAAAAAAACACGGCAAAUCCUUCAAUUCACGGAUUGCUAAGCUGGAAAACAACAACAACAACAACAACGCGCGCGCGCCUAUUCAAGUACUUAACCGCGACGAUGAUCGUAAACCGAGCGUUGAGCCGGUUAAAACCCGAGCGUUUUCUACACUCGAAUACGGUGGUUUAGUAUCAGCGUCCGCGACAGUCACGCGUCGAUGUAAGAUAAGGAAAACGCGCGGCUGCUGUGAUGCAAUAAUGUCAAAUAAAAGCGAGAGAGGAGUAA